GACCAACCACCUCCUCCUCCUCCACCUGAGGGCCAUCCUCCUCCCCCUCCUCCCUUUCCACCACCUCCACCUGAGGGCCAUCCUCCUCCCCCUCCUCCCUUUCCCCCACCUCCACCUGAAGGCCAACCACCUCCCCCUCCACCGCCUUUUCCUUUGCCUCCUCCACCUCCUCCACCUGUUGUAGCUGUUAAUGUCAAAGGUAUGGCUAGAACGGUGAUACCACCUCCUGUGUCACCUUUCGUUCCACCUCCAUCGCUCCAUCCUCCUCCUCCUCCACCGCCUCCGGAGUUCCAACUCCCAACAGAUGUAACCACAAGAAGAAGGAAGCCAACCAAGAUGUGCAAGUAUUGCUGGAAAAGUAAAGAAAAUGUUUCAUCGGCAGUAUUAUAA